UCUGUCUGUCAGGCUAAAUCUACCGCUUGUUCAAUUCAAUAAGUGUUGACUGUUGAGGAAAAUCAUGAUGUCUGAAUGCUCUGAAAUUUACUAUUGAAAUUUAAAUAUAAUUGAAUUGUAUUGAAUUCAGACACGAAAUAAGUAUUUUUUUGCAUACAAAAUGAAAUUACUUAAACCAGCGUGGGUCACACAUGAUGGAAAACCCAUAUUUUCUAUUGACAUUCAUCCAGAUGGCUCAAAGUUUGCUACUGGGGGCCAGGGAGACGAUUCUGGUCGUGUUGUUAUAUGGAAUGUUGCACCAAUCGUUAAAGAGCAGGCAGAAGAAGAUGAUAAUGUUCCAAAACUACUAUGCCAAAUGGACAAUCACCUUGCCUGUGUCAAUUGUGUUAGGUGGUCCAAUUCAGGGCAAUAUUUAGCUUCAGGAGGUGAUGACAAACUUGUAAUGAUCUGGCAGCUCACCCGUUAUGCAGGGAGCACAAUAUUUGGUGGUGGAGGUAAAACCAAUGUUGAACACUGGAGGUGUGUUUCUACCCUUAGGGGUCAUAGUGGCGAUGUUUUAGAUCUUGGUUGGUCACCAGAUGAUCAAUAUUUAGCAUCGUCCUCAGUCGAUAACACAGUGCGCAUUUGGAAUAUGUUGAAUAUGCCUGAAUCCAUUGCAGUUUUAAAAGGACACACUGGAUUAGUAAAAGGAAUUGCAUGGGAUCCAAUUGGAAAAUAUGUUGCGUCGCAAUCGGACGACAAAACAGUGCGGAUAUGGAAGACAGCUGAUUGGAAGCAGGAAACUGUUGUGACAGAACCUUUUGAAGAGUGUGGAGGGACAACCCAUGUUCUAAGACUGAAUUGGUCACCUGACGGACAGUAUUUGGUCUCUGCUCAUGCGAUGAAUGGUGGUGGACCCACUGCUCAAAUCAUCGAGCGCGAAGGUUGGAAAACAGAUAAAGAUUUCGUUGGUCAUAGAAAAGCAAUUACUUGUGUGAGUUUUAACAGUAACAUGUUAAGAAAGUCGGCGUUGCACAAAGGAACCAAUUACUGCUGCUGUGCCAUCGGUUCUAGGGAUAGAUCGCUUUCUAUCUGGCUGACUUCUCUGAAAAGACCGCUUGUUGUCAUUCAUGAACUCUUCCUUAAUUCCGUCCUUGAUUUGUCGUGGAGUCGAUCUGGUUAUCAGCUCAUGGCUUGUUCUUGGGACGGAUCGGUAGCCUAUAUUGAAUUUGACGACAAAGAACUUGGGCAGAUUGUGAGUGUUGAAGAAAAGGAAAAUCUUUUUCAACGAAUGUAUGGGAAAAAGUCUUUUUCCACGGGCGUUGACAAGAAAGCAUCAAUUGUCAUCGAAGAUCCCGACUGGAUUCAGCCACAACUGAUGGAGCCGACUGUGCCUUCCAUUAUAGAAGAAGAGGGUGGGAUGCAUUCUUCCGAUUCUCGGGCUUCCAGAUCCAGUCAAAUUGUAGCCAAAGGUCCUAUUGACAAACAAAUAGAGACCCGAACGGUGGAUGGUAGACGUCGCAUCACACCAGUGUUUAUUCCACCGCCCAUGGAAGAAGAUGAUGCACAAUCUAGUCAUGCCAGUAAUCAUUCUUCUGCUGCUCUUGUUCAACCAACUUUCAGUAGUUCAACUGAAGCAAAGAGCAAAAUCGUCGUAGAGAAACGAGACGAAGUGACAAAACCAGGUCUGUCGAACACUACUUCGCCUCCUCCACCUCAAGCUAACGCGCGCAAAGAAAUGUCCAACAUCCUACUCAAUCGUAGGCUCGAAAGAAAUGAACCGGAAAGACGCGUUGUUUCGGUUAGAACGUCUGGUCCGAGCACCGCCUCGGUGUCUACCACUGGCGUAUCAAUUGUUCGAUCUCCCGAUUCUGAUAAAGUAGCGAUCUCACCUCUAUCCGUACAAAAGACUUUCUCCGUUCCAACUUCACAUGGAAGAAGUUUCGAAAUUGAAAAUCAAUCGUACUUUGUCGGUCAUAAGAUGGCUGUUCACAAGCUCAGUUGCGUGGUUAACGGAAAGGUUGCAUGGGAUGUUUAUAUGUCAAGUCCUAUGAUUGGAUGCGCCGCUAGCUUAUAUUGUGCUGCGGUGACGUGUUCAGAUGCUACUCUUCACUGUUUUGCCGUUGGCGAUGGCUCACGAAUGAUACCUGGAAUUAAACUUCAAGGGCCGGCAGUCCACCUUAGGGUUCAAGAUCAUUUUGUAUCAGUCGUGACAGCUCAUGGACAAAUCAGUGUGUGGGAUAUCAUCAAAAGAAAAUCAACUCUCAAAACAUCAAUACUCAAUUUAACAGAUUCAGAUGGUUCGGUUACUCUUACAUCAUGCACUAUCCGAGAUGGGGGAAUUCCCAUUCUGAGUUUCUCUAACAGCAAAACCUACACAUACUCAACUGACAUGGAUACUUGGUUACUGUUAUCCGAUGCCCUGGAUCCUCUUCGUCAUGGCUCGGACCUGCAGGGAAUUUCAAGUAGCGGUGCUGGUCCUGGAGCGAAUCGAAGCUCUGUGAUUAAUAGUGCCGAUUCUAAGAUUACUUGCAGCAUCAGUUAUGCUGACGUCAAAAUGAGUUCAUUGGUCGAAUUGAAUUCACCGGCUGAAUACCGAACUUGGCUCCUGACCAAAGUCAAGUAUAUGGCCCAACAAGGAAUGGAGGACCGUCUACGAAGCUUGUGUGAAGAUUUACUUGGUCCGGUACAUCGCUCGAGCCAAAGAGGAAAGAAUUGGCAACCCACGAUACUGACGAUGAAGAAAAACGAGCUGCUGAUACCUGUGCUCCAGGUGAUGGCCACCAAUGUUAAGAUGCAGAGACUAUGCACUGAAUUCCAGCAGCAGCUCAAAAUGCUUACCGAGUUUUGAAUAUUUAAUUACGAGAGGAGAAAAGUAAACUCGACAAGUUCUCUUUUUUACAAGCAAAUAGGACUUGGAUUUCAACAAAAAAAAAAGGAAAAAUAGGAAAAAAUAACUUGUUUCUUUUUGUGUUUUGCAAUUUGAAGCGCCCGUUCAUGUUGAACGAUGGCCAUUAAUAUUGCUCGUUGCUCAGUUUGUCCGCAAGUAAAUACUGGUGAUUUAAUUUUUUUGAUAUUAA